UGACAACAUCUAAAAUGUUAAUUUCUAUGAAUCAAUUAUUUAAACACGGAAUGAUAACCAGAUGUUAACAAUAUCAGGGAGUUCCCUGAUUUCUAUGAAUUUUUAUGUAAUGAAGUCACUUCUUGAAUUUUUAAAAAUAAAAAUAAGAUAAAGUGUGAAAAAACUUAUUAGUAUAAAAAUUAUAUAUAUGUGUAUAUUUCAAUGACAUGAAAUUGUAUUUAUUAUAAUAAAUUAAAUAUUAUUAAUUUUACUUGUUAAAAUUGUUAUUUUGAUUAUGGAGAAUAAUGUGAAUGAAUUUAUACCAAGAACUUAUCAAAUUGAAUUGUUUGAAAUUGCAUGUAAACAAAAUGUUAUUAUUUAUUUACCAACAGGAGCUGGAAAAACGUUUAUUGCUGUAAUGCUCAUAAAAGAAUUAAGUGCAGAUAUAAGAAAAUCUUAUGAUAAAGGUGGUAAACAUACUGUAUUUAUAGUGAAUACAGUACCUUUAGUUAUGCAACAAAGUGAAUAUAUUACAAGAUUAACUGGUUUGUCUUGUGCAGCACUUAGUGGAGAUGUGGGAAUUGAUGUUUGGACAAAUGAGGAAUGGAAUGCACAAUUAAAAGAGCAUAAGGUUUUAGUAAUGACAUCACAAAUUUUAAUAGAUGCACUCUGCCAUGGAUAUAUAUUUCUGAAUAGAAUAAAUUUAAUUAUUUUUGAUGAAUGUCAUAGAGCAGUAAAUGAUCAUCCUAUGAGACAAAUAAUGCAAUACUUUAAAAAUUGCUCUAAGGAGGAUCAACCAAAAGUACUAGGACUUUCAGCAACAUUAUUAAAUUCUAAUGUAAAAUUAGAAAAAAUACAUUCAGUUAUUGAGUCUUUGGAAAUUACAUUUCAUGCAAAAGUAGUUACAGCAAUAACAUCUUUUUAUACAAAUCCAAAUGAAAAAAUUAUUGAAUUUGAUCAGUAUUUAAUAGACAAUGUUGGAAAUCAAAUAAAUAAUAUUAUUCAGGAGACAGUGAGAAUUUUAAGUUGUGUAAUUUUAAGAGAUAAUUUCAAAUAUAAUGAAUCAAGUGUAAUUUUUAGACCAAAAUCUAUAAAUAAAAAAUUGUUAUCUAUAUUAAAUAAUAUCAAAGAACAAUUUUCAAAUACAGGAAUUUAUGGUGCAAGUAAAUGUUUAUUACUUCAUUUAAUUCAAUUAGAAUGUUUAAAAAAGAAUAUAGAAGAUGUGGAAACUAUAAUUGUUAUGGAAUAUAUUAUAACAGAAAUUACUAAAUGUAGAAAAUUAUUAGAAAAUAAAAUGCAAAAUAAAACAGAAAUAGAAAAAAUUUACAAUUAUUCAUCUGAUCAAGUGCGAACACUUUUUAAAAUAUUAAAAGAUCAUUAUAAUAAUAAAAGUAAAGACCAACAAUUUUGUUGUAUUAUUUUUGUAAAACGACGAUUUACUGCAAAAUUAUUAUAUCAAAUAUUAAAGAAUAUAUCUAUGAAUAAUGAAGAAUAUAGAUUUUUACAUCCAGAAUUUCUUAUUGGUUUUUCAAAUGAUCCUUAUAGAAAUUGUAAAGAAACAUUAUGUAUAUCAAAAUGGAAUAAGGAAGCUUUACAUAGAUUCAAAAAUGGUUUGUCAAAUUGUAUUGUUGCAACAGAUAUUUUAGAUGAAGGUGUAAAUAUACCAAAAUGUUCAUUAAUCAUUAGAUAUGAUUUGCCAAUGGAUGUAAGAACAUAUAUUCAAAGUAAAGGAAGAGCACGUCAUGUACAUAGUCAAUAUAUAUUAUUAUUAGAUAAAGGAAAUCUACGGUUUAUAAACCGAUAUAAUGAAUUUAAAAAGAUAGAACAAUACUUACAAAAGCUUUUGCUAAAUAAAACUAGUGAACGUAAUGUUCCAACUGAAAAUAAAAUACAAAAUGAAUUAUAUCAACACAAAAUACAGCCAUAUGUUGUUAUUAGUAAUGAAGGACAAAAAUGUUGUAUAACUGAGCAAACAGCAAUUCAUUUAAUAAAUAAAUAUUGCAUGUCCUUAAUGAAAUCAAAAUUUGCAUGUUUAUCACCUAUUUGGAUUUUAUAUAAAAUUUUAAAUAAUAAUUGCAUACAAUAUAGGGUUUCUCUUAAAUUACCAAUUGCAUCUCCAUUAAAAGUUGUCAUUUUUGGUGAUUUUAUGCCUUCUAUUAAUAGCGCAAAAAGAUCUGCUGCUAUGAAAAUGUGUAUAGAAUUACAUAAAAUUGGCGAAUUAACUGAUAAAUUACAACCAAUUACAGAAAAUUUAUUACUUCUAGAAAAUCUAAAUUAUUUAUUUCCAAAUUGGGUUGAUGAAAAUGAUUCAGAAAAAACUAUUUUAUUUGGAACAUAUCAUAAAAAACGACAUCAUCAUUUACAAUUUCCAUCAGCUCUAUAUAGUGCAUUUCCUCUUCCACAAAAUACAGUUUAUCUUCAUAUUCUUCAUGCUACACCUAAAUAUCCUAUAUUACAUGAUGAUAAUCGAUAUUUAGUAUUUUAUAAUUUAUUAUGUAAUAGUGCAGGUUUUGGUAUACUUUCUGCAAAACAAAUGCCACAGAUACCAUCUUUUCCAAUUUUUAUGAAUGUUGGUGAAUUAAAUGUCGAUGUUAAAGUAAAUCAUGUAACAAUGAUUUUAUCUGAAGAAGAAGUUAGAUUCAUAAAAGUUUUUCAUACUUUGAUAUUUAGUGAAAUUAUACCAGUUAUAAAAUCAUUUAUGGUAUUUGAUAAUUCUAAUUUUGAUAACUGUUUUUUAAUUACACCAAUUGAUGAAAAAUGGAACAUAAACUGGCAAGUUAUAAAACAUUAUAAAUGUAUUGAAUAUAUAUCACCAGUAGUUCCAUUUGAUUUUAAAUCCACUGAUUAUGAACUAACAUUAGUUAAACCUAAUUAUAGAGCUGCAGAAACAUAUAUUGUUACCCAUGUUUGUGAUGAUAUAACACCAAAUUCAUGUUUUCCAACUGAUAAUUUUUUAUCAUAUGCUCAUUAUUAUAAAGAGAAACAUGGUUUAACAAUAAACAAUUUAAGACAACCAAUGUUAGAAGUAAAAGCAAUAUCAAGAAAAAUAAAUUAUAUAUUGCCUAGACAUAUGCAGAGUGAAUCAAAGAACCGAAGAUAUGUAGAUUUGCCUAAAAAUAUGAAAGAACAUUUAGUCCCAGAGUUAUGUACUAAAAUUAAUUUUCCAGCUUUAUAUUGGCUCAAAGCAACAAUUUUACCAUCUAUUUUGCACAGAAUUUCACAGCUUCUAGUUGCAGAAGAUUUAAGAUAUACUAUUGCUAAAGAAACUAAUUUAGGAUUAUUAUCAAAUAAUAAAUGCGUUCCAUUAAUAAUAACUGAUGAAGAAGAAAAAGAAGAAUCAUUUGAAAUGUCCGAAAAUGUUACAGAAGAUAUUGAUGUUUUGGAAUCAGAACCAGUUUUAAAUGGACCAGAAAUAGAUGUAUUAAAUACAGAAAUCUAUCAAUAUCCAUGGUCAAAAUAUCAAGAACCACCAAAUUUGUUCAGAAACCUUGAAGAUCUUCAAUUAAUUCAAAUUGAACAUUAUUAUCAAUUUAUGAGUGAAACAUUUAAUUCAAAUAACAACAUAAUGAAAAGAAAUAAAACUAAUUUCUUAAAUAAAUCAUCAAUACCAGUACCUCCUUUACAAAUCUUGAUGUUAAAAAAUUCAUGUGGUCCAGAUCCUGUUCAAAUUAUGUAUGCGUUAACUACUAAAUUAGGAAAUGAUGCAUUUAAUUUAGAACGUUUAGAAACUUUAGGAGAUUCAUAUUUAAAAUUUAUUAUAUCAUUAUUUUUAUAUAAUCAAUUUCCAAAAUAUGGUGAAGGUUCUUUAACUACGAUAAAAGGAAAAAUAAUUGGGAAUCGUAAUCUCUAUUAUUGUGGAAUUAAAAAAAAUAUUCCAGGACGUAUGAAAGUUGAUAGUUUUAUACCUUUAAGCAAUUUCAUUGCUCCAGCUUAUACAGUAUUUAGACAACUUCAAGAUGCAUUAUUAGAAGCAGAGGUAUCAUCAACUGUUUUAUAUGAAAUCCAAAUACCUCAACAAGAACAAUUUAGUGGACUUAUAAGUGAAACUACGAAAAAUAUAAUACAACAAAAAAUAUUAAAUUGGGAAUUAGCAGAAUUACAAACUGGUAUGGAACAUUAUCUUGGAAUACAAACUGUUUCUGAUAAAGCAGUAGCUGAUUGUGUGGAAGCAUUGAUUGGUGUAUAUCUUAGAAAUAUGGGUAUCAAAGAUACUUUAACAUUAUUAAAAUGGUUUCAAAUUUUACCAAAUGAAAUUGACUCAAAUACAUUAUUAUUUGGUACUUCUGAAAAUCCAAUAAUUUCCAAUAAAGGAGACAUAAAUUCUUAUAUGCCCUGGGCUUCUGAAAUAGAAACAAAACUUGGAUACAAAUUUAAAAAUAGAGGAUAUUUAUUACAGGCCUUUACACAUCCUUCAUAUUCAGCAAAUAAUAUGACUGAAUGUUAUCAACGAUUAGAAUUUCUUGGUGAUGCAAUACUUGAUUUUUUAAUUACAAGUUAUAUUUAUGAAAAUUGCGGAAAUUUAAAUCCUGGUUCUUUAACAGAUUUAAGAUCUGCUCUUGUGAAUAAUAUUACUUUUGCAUGCUUAACAGUUCGACAUGGAUUACAUAUUGCAUUAUUAUGUUAUUCUCCAAAAUUAAAUGAUAUUAUAGAGAGAUUUGUGAAGUUUCAAGAAGAAAGAAAUUAUAUUGUAAAUGAUGAGCUUUUAUGGAUUUUAUUAGAAGAAAGUGAAUGUAAUAUAGCUGAACAUGUAGAUGUUCCAAAAGUCUUAGGAGAUAUAUUUGAGUCCAUAAUAGGUGCAAUAUACUUAGAUAGUAAUAAAAAUCUUAUGGUUGUAUGGGAAAUAAUAUACUCCAUCAUGCAUAAAGAAAUUGAUGAAUUUAGCAAAAAUAUUCCGAAACAGCCAAUUCGUAUAUUAUAUGAAACUCAAGGUGCACAUCCACAAUUUCUAAAAACAACUAUUGUUGAAAAUACAAAUACUAUUAUGAUACCUUUAAAAGUAACUAUUGAAGGGAAAACAAAACUUUUUCAUGGAUUUGGUACAAAUAAAAAACAAGCAAAAUGUGCUGCGGCAAAACAAGCAUUAAAAAGUUUGUUGUAUAAAAGAUAGAUAAAAAUAGUAAAAAAUGCUAAAA